AUGACGAACGAAACAACCACCAACAUUCCCCGAUUUAUCCUCGAGAAAAUGACCUUCGGUGUCGAGAAAACCAACACUGAAACAUCUCUCGCGGUGUCGACAACAUCACUCUCUUCCUCAUCACCUUCCACGCUCACGGACACAUCGAGAUUGAUACUGACCGACUUCUACGGAAAUGACGAUACGGAGGUCCUUCUUUCGCAAUUGUUCCGCCAGCGCUACUGGACAAAGACAAACUUUGAGGCCGUCCAGGCGCUCACUAAGGUUGCCACAGCCUACAACUUGACCCUCCUUGAGACGACCCACCGCUGGGUGCGCCACCAUUCGGGACUCACCGCCAAGGAUGGGGUCAUCAUCGGAUCGUCGUCGGUUGCUCAAUUAGAUGAGUUCUAG